UUUCAGCCACGUGACGGAGGCCGCUGACGUCGAAAACAUGAACGAAGUCAAUAUCACCGAUGUUCGGAAAGUAUGUCGUUUUGGCGGAAGCCACGUUUAAAGGUACAGCAUGACUGAACGUAAAAGGCAAAAAGGAAGAAGUUCCUGCGGUCACGAGAUUCUAUAUACGUGUUCUGUCAAGGUAAAUUUGCUUCCAGUGCACCUAAGAAGAAAUAAUAAUGGCAGAGGGCGAAGUCGUCAAUGUAAUUACAAAAGAGCCUCCCAUGAUGGGACAGGAGAUUGGCCUCAAUCUCCUGUCAAAAUCGACGACGUUGAAACUGAUCAAGGUGAAAGAAUUUCCCAGAUGGAUUUAUACUGUGCUAGACGCCGGAAAUAGGGACCUGUUCGGUGUGUACAAUGGAACGGAAGAUUGUGCUGGGUGCUGUCGUAGUUGUGUCUUUGGGCCUGUAAGUGCAUCUUUCACAGCAUAUAUGAAGCAAAGCAAUAUUGUGGAUAGUCUCCCCGUGAUGAGCUUCGAACGCCCUCUACGUCUUCAGAGCGGUCUUAAGGGAUUCUUCUGUUGUUGCCUGGGACAGGAGAUGAACAUCGAAGCCCCUCCCGGAAGAAGGAUUGCCUCUAUUUCAGAAGAUUAUAACAUCUUGGGUACCUCUCUCACCAUCUAUGACGCCAAAGGAAAGCCCAUCUUAAAGGUUCUUGGCCCAACUCUGCCACCGUACUCCCCGUGCGCGAUGCGUCUGUCUAUCUUCAAGGUGCAAACAAUGACAGGCACUCUAGUGGGGGAGAUAAGGCUUGCAGGAAGUAAGGAAGAGCUCAUCAGCCUUUCAUUUCCCGUCAACCUGGACGUCCACAUCAAAGGAUCUCUCAUCGGUUGCGCAAUUUUAGCAGCAUUCAUGUUUCGUCUGGAAGGCUUUACGUAUACCUGCUGUCAGGUGUUUGGUAUUUUCGCGGAUCUUUCCAAAUGAUAUGUGGGUUUCGUCAGCAACUGUCGACUUCAUCAUCGUGGGAAUUGACCUGCACUGUAAAUGUUUAAUGCCUGUGUGAUCAAAUCAUCAUUGAGAGACAUACGUGAGACAAUGAGACAAAUCAUUGAGAGACAAACGUGGACAAAGUUUUUGUACUCAACGUCUGCAUAGCGAGUAAUAAAAAAUUUGUGUCAAUGUCAA